GACUGUGGGGUGGGCUAGGGGCAGGGGAUGACAGCCCCUGAAGCUGGGAGAAUCUUGGCCCAGUGUCUCAUAAACUUCAGGCCCAACAUUCAGCAGCGAUGGAGGGGAUAUGGACCAGAUGGAAGCCAAGAGAAUGGAGGGGCACCAGUUGUUCUGGAGGACUUGAAGGAGAAGACCAGACAGGCGUGGGUGACUGACCGGCUGGGGGGAUGGCUUGGGAAUGGGUACCCAGUGCCCAGGUAUCUUCUGGGUAGCCUGGAAGAGGAACAUCAAGGAUGCCCCACGAUGGGCGCCCAAGAUGAGGGACAGAUUGGGACAACAGUCUGUCCUGCACUGGACCUAGGGUAUAUCUCUGCCGAAAUGGCAGCCUUCCUCUGGCCUCUCUGCCGCCACGAUUUUACUCCCCUGCUUGCCUUUCCCCAGACCGCCAGCACUGAUCUGACUGCAAAUCUGAUCAUACCUGGUCCUAACCCUGAUCAUUCUUCUCUCUCCUCAAAACCUGUCUGAGGCUCCUCCUGAUACUACCUUGCAAGGAUGUGCCUCAGCCUCACCGUCUCCUCAGCUUUCGUGACCUUGCUGAACGGGGAGCAGGCCGAGGCCGCCAUCAGCGCCUUCCAUCAGAGCCGCCUGCGGGAGCGCGAGCUGUCGGUGCAGCUGCAGCCCACGGACGCCCUGCUGUGCGUGGCCAACCUGCCCCCCAGCCUCACGCAGCAGCAGUUUGAGGAGCUGGUGCGGCCCUUUGGCAGCCUGGAGCGCUGCUUCCUGGUCUACAGCGAGCGCACCGGCCACUCCAAGGGCUAUGGCUUCGCCGAGUACAUGAAGAAGGACUCGGCCGCCCGCGCCAAGUCGGACCUGCUGGGCAAGCCGCUGGGCCCACGCACCCUCUACGUGCACUGGACAGACGCCGGGCAGCUGACGCCCUCCCUGCUCCACUCCCGCUGCCUCUGUGUCGACCGCCUGCCGCCCGGCUUCAGUGAUGUGGAUGCCCUGCACCGGGCGCUCUCGGCCGUCCACACACCCACCUUCUGCCAGCUGGCGUACGGCCAGGACGGGCAGCUGAAGGGCUUCGCCGUGCUGGAGUACGAGACGGCGGAGAUGGCGGAAGAGGCACAGCAGCGGGCAGACGGCCUGGCCCUGGGGGGCAGCCACCUGCGCGUCUCCUUCUGCGCCCCUGGGCCCCCUGGCCGCAGCAUGCUGGCUGCGCUCAUUGCUGCCCAGGCCACGGCCCUCAAUCGGGGCAAAGGGCUCCUGCCCGAGCCCAACAUCCUGCAGCUGCUCAGCAACCUGGGGCCCUCCGCUUCCCUCCAGCUGCUGCUCAACCCCCUGCUCCACGGUGGCGCGGGUGGCAAGCAGGGCCUCCUGGGCGCACCCCCGGCCAUGCCGCUGCUCAACGGGCCCGCCCUGUCCACAGCGCUGCUGCAGCUCGCCCUGCAGACCCAGAGUCAGAAGAAACCCGGGAUCCUGGGAGACUCUCCCCUAGGCACCCUCCAGCCCGGGGCCCAGCCGGCCAACCCCCUCCUCGGGGAGCUGUCUGCAGGAGGGGGCCUGCCCCCAGAGCUGCCGCCCCGGCGAGGGAAGCCACCGCCCCUGCUGCCGCCACUGCUUGGCCCCUCUGGGGGUGACCGGGAACACAUGGGCCUGGGUCCCCCAGCACCCCAGCUCACUCCACCCCCUGCUCCUGUGGGGCUUCGAGGCACUGGUCUCAGAGGCCUGCAGAAGGACAGUGGGCCUUUGCCAAUGCCCACUGGGGUCUCGCUGCUGGGGGAGCCUCCCAAGGACUUCCGGAUCCCCCUGAAUCCCUACCUGAACCUACACAGCCUGCUCCCGGCCAGCAAUCUGGCGGGUAAGGAGGCCCGGGGCUGGGGAGGCGCUGGGAGAAGCCGCCGCCCAGCUGAGGGCCCCCUGCCUAACCCCCCAGCCCCUGGAGGUGGUGGCAGCAGCAAAGCUUUCCAGCUCAAGUCCCGCCUGCUCAGCCCCCUCACCAGCGCCCGCCUGCCCCCUGAUCCGGGGCUGCCCGACAGCUAUGGCUUCGACUACCCCUCAGUAAGUACCUGGCCGCCCUGGGGGCAGCCCUCCCAAAGGCCGGCUGCUGUGGCCCUUUGUCCCUUGGGAGCAAGUCACUCUCCAAACUGACAUUUCUCUAGUACUGAUUGUGCCAGGCCAAGCGUUAGGGAGACAGCGGGGAACGUGCUGGACACAGUCCCUGCCCUUAAGUCUCUUGUCUGUUUGUCUCUGCGCAUCAUCAAACCCUGCUUCCUGUCAGUCAGUUUUUCUCUCCCGAGAGGCCUGCAGCCACACUUCUGCUUCUCCUUAAGAGACAGGGCUCAGCCUCCUCUCCGUCUCUCUGUCCUUUUCCCCCUCCUCCCCUCUGCGAUUCAUGUCUCUGUCCCUGGAGAGCUGCUCCUUCUAUGAUUCCGACUUCCUC